GGGAGAGCUCAGCCGGACAGGAGUAGAGGACAGACGUGAGAAAACAGUAACGAAAGAGAGAGAAGAACCGGGAGAGUCAGAGCAGAGUUCAAAGUCUUGAGUGUGUGAACACUAUAGCAGAUGCAUUAAGUGAAAGGCUAACCAUCAACGUGUUGUUACCUGAUUGUUGGAGUACGAGAGACCGAGUCAACGAGGUUAACAUCCAGAGAAAGGAGUUAGAGAAUGAGAUUAGAACAGAGACGGUCAAAGUUAAUCUAUGUGUGUCUUGGCCGUCAUCCAUGUGUUAAAUUAAAUAAAAACGGCAUGUCGAAGAGCUUAUGCUUUAUGCUUGGAUGUGGAAGUGUCCAGUUCGAUUUAGGUUGAAUGCCAAUUUACACAUUUACACACAUACAUUAGUGAAGUUCUCUUUUUUUUAUUAACAAAAAUGCGGCUAUUGUUUUUCCCAGUGAGUCGGUACACAGAUGUGUUGUUUUACUCUAUGCUCGGGAGUCCUGUGCUGUCUCUGUGUAUCGGAGUCGGGAUGGACAUCAUGAACAAUGGUGAUAAGAAAGGUAUUUGUUUUGUUUGUUUUCUUACCAUUAAAUUAAUCGAUUCCAUUUUGAGAUUUUUACAAUUAAUGUUAUCAUAUUGACUGGCAUCGAUUAUAAUUCUAUAUCAGUAUCGAAGUGAGAAAUUUAAUAAAAUAAAUAUAUUAUACAGUCAUCUUUCUUUUAUGUUAUGUCUCAACACUUGGUUCCCUAUCUGUGAUAUCAAGAAAUAUCUCUUCAUCUUAUUAUCCACAGACAAAAGGGCUGAAGUUAUCCAGACUCUCAGGACAUCCGUUGUGUCAUUGGGUGCCACCAGUGUCAUGGCCGUGAUCCAGUGCGUUCUUGUCAUCACGUGUCAUCAUGACGUCAUUGUCAUCUCCAGUGUCAUGCUGGUCAUCUUUCGAACAGCCCUGUACAGCUGUGGGACGGCUUUCCUACGUAUUAUGUCAGUAACUUAAAGACGGUUAAUUUUUCUAUGAGAUUAUGUUAUAGCAUAGAUCAGUUGUGAUCAAACUAUCCAUUUUACGUUUGAUUGGGUGGUCUCAUCACGUGACGUCGAUCUAAUUUUAGCUUUUUUAAUUUUGAACUUUCCAACCACGAUUUUUAAGCAACGUUCCUUUCUCCUCAUUAUUAUGGUCCUUUUAUUUUGGUGAGACUAUGUUAUAGAGUCUGUUAUAUCGUCACCUCAACCAAUGACAUAAGAGGUCUUCCUGUUUUAUUAGUCUCAGCUUCACUUCUCGCAUAUGUACCUCGAUUAUUCUUUUCUCUUCAGUUUUUGUAAAUUUUAUUAUUCCAAUUAUUAGAUUAAUUUAAAGAUGCCACAUUCAAAAAUGUGAUGUUGAUGUUUUAUAUCAAUUUAUCUAAUAAUUGUUUUUAAAUCUUUCUUGAUAUAUAUCGUUUGUUCCCAUUCAGUGGCGUCACUUUGUUUGGUGUCAUACAGGGAAGUCAUAUAGGAGCCAGAAUGAUCUAAUCAUAGAUCGUGGGCCCACAGAAUAAAGAAGAAGAAGAAACUAAUAGUGUCCCCAUUACAGGAUCCCCUAACAAAGCUUCUCAGAGUCUGCCUGAGUGAAUAUUUUGAUUAUUUCACAGGUAUCAGAGUGGAUACUUUGAUUGUUUCACAGGUAUCAGAGUGAAUGCUUUGAUUGUUUCACAGGUAUCCGAGUGAAUACUUUGAUUGUUUCACAGGUAUCAGAGUGAAUACUUUGAUUGUUUCACAGGUAUCAGAGUGAAUACUUUGAUUGUUUCACAGGUAUCCGAGUGAAUACUUUGAUUGUUUCACAGGUAUCCGAGUGAAUAUUUUGAUUAUUUCACAGGAAUCCGAGUGAAUACUUUGAUUGUUUCACAGGUAUCAAAGUGAAUAUUUUGAUUAUUUCACAGGUAUCCGAGUGAAUAUUUAGAUUAUUUUACUGGUAUCAGAGUGAAUACUUUGAUUAUUUCACAGGUAUCUGAGUGAAUAUUUUGAUUAUUUCACAGGUAUCAGAGUGAAUAUUUUGAUUGUUUCACAGGUAUCCGAGUGAAUAUUUUGAUUGUUUCACAGGUAUCAUAGUGAAUAUUUUGAUUAUUUCACAGGUAUCAGAGAGAAUAUUUUGAUUGUUUCACAGGUAUUCAAGUGAAUAUUUUGAUUGUUUCACAGGUAUCCGAGUAAUUAUUUUGAUUGUUUCACAAGUAUCCUAAUGAACAUUCUGAUGGUUUCACAGGUAUCCAAGUGAGUAUUUUGGUAUCUUGUGCGGCAUCAUGUCUCUAUUGGCUGGUGGUUUCAGCUUUUUACAGUAUCCUUUGUUUUUGUGGAUUCAGCAUAGAGACCAAGCCUGGAAGGAGGUAAGGAUAAUGGAUUUAUACACCCAUAAUUGCAGUGGCGUGUUACUAAGACCAUUUUGUUAGAUAAAUUAUCGUUUUUUAAUAUAUGAAAUUUAGAUAUCUUUACUGUUCUACUGUUGAUGUAAUAGUUUAAUAAACUCAUGUGUCGUUCAAUUCGGGUGCACUAAGUUGUUGACACUGACGACUUGAAGGGAUGUGAUGGUUGAAUUGUUCAUUCUAUGUGACGCUAAAAAGAUUUCAAUUUAUUAAUUGUAACCCUCCCAAUUCUCCCCACUUCCUGGAGAUAUAUCCAAGAUCAUCAUAUAUAAAAUGUAUCAUAGCUUGUGGUAAUCUGAGCCUAGAGACCUAGAAAUGAGAUCUGAAUGUUUCAAGAACAGCAGUAUUUUUAGUAGGAUUAUUUUAGGAGUAAAGUCUUCUAAUGGGGCUCUAUGCUACACUAGUCUCAGAGAAAUCACAGUAAACGUUCAAUUUUACACCCAGGUCUAUUACAUUCCACAGUAGUAUUUAAGUCAGUUUUUAUGGAACGCUGUGUAUACCCAUAUACAUAACAAAUUUUACAUACAGCUUAAAAGCGAUUUAUGCUUAUAUCAUAUUCCAUUUUCUGCGUUGCCUCAAUGUUACAAUGUCUGAUUUCUUUAUUUAUAAAUAAAACUAGAAUAAAUGACCCGAUGUUUUCGGGAUAAUAAUGGUAGGCCCUUUGCGAUAAUUUCUACCUGCUAUUGCAAAAACUCAUCACUUCAUAUGGUUUGUUCUUAUUUGGAUGAGUUAUAAGUUGAGUAGUGUAUGCUAUUUAUCUUUGAAGUUUUGCUGCACUGAUUGACUUAAACUGCAAUUUCUUAUUAGAAGUAUAAUUAAAUGUUAAGUUUUUAUUACGUUAUAAAUUUAAUAAAAGUAUAUUUUUGGAAUUAAAAAAGGGAAAAACUUAUUAAAUGUUAAAAAUACAAAGAUAACAUUUGUGUGUGUUUUAUUAACAAUUAAAAAAGCAAUUAAUUAUAUUUAUUAAUAUUACAUUUAAGAACGGAAAAUACAUUAUCAUUUUUUUUAACGGGCGGUUAUUAAAUCAAAGAAGCUUAAGAGUUUUUGCUAACAUAGGUGAUUUGCGCUAUGACGUGAUUUGCGUGUUUAUUUAGAAUUUUUUUUUUUAAAUUAUAAUUUUAUUUCGCAAUAUUAACAACGCACUAAAACGCACUAAAAGAAACUGAUGUGUGGGGUUUCCCGAUAAAUGAAAUUAAGGUCUACUAGUGCUGGUUCUCCCUUGCAUACCCCAUCAAGUUCCAAAUCCCAGUCAUCAUGGAUCUGCGGAGCAUGUGACCAUGUUGUACAUGUGGAGGAAAGGGGCGUUGCCUGUGAACAAUGUGGGCAAUGGUUCCAUCGUCAAUGCCAAAGCAUCGACACUUCUAAUUACAACCAACAUGCUAAAAAUUCUGACGUGCCAUGGCACUGUACUGUCUGCGGCUGCCAGAUUAACCAGUCUGUGUUUGACCCACAUAGUGCAGGGACAGACUCUACCUUCCCAGAUUUCUCUCUGAACCACUCAAUCUCCACACCAAGAGACAUUCGAAGUUUUCAACCACCACACUGCUCUACUCCUAUGCGCUGCAGUCAACAAGACAAAUGGAGACACAGGCCAUUGCGCAUAUUAAAUGUAAACUUCCAGUCUGCAAGUGGUAAGCGAGUAGAGAUAGCUAACCUAAUUAACAGCCUAAAACCCGACAUCAUCUUGGGCUCUGAAACAUGGCUGAAUCCCUCCAUAGCAAACGCAGAGGUUGUACCAGAUAUAUACAAAGUAUUUCGUCGAGACAGAAAAGACAGAGGAGGAGGAGUGCUUGUUGCAGUCCAUCACAACUUGGACUGCCACGCUGUUCCAGAACUCGAUGUUGACGACUGCGAGAUCCUGUGGGUAAAAUUGAAACUAAAGGGUAGACGCACACUUUACGUUUGUGCCUAUUACCGACCAAACACAGCAGAUGAACCAAGCCUGAGGAGGUUCGAGGUAUCGCUUCACAGAGCAACACAGUCAAAAAACGCUUUUCUCCUUAUAGGGGGGGAUUUUAACUUUCCUGGUUGGAAUUGGCAGAUUCCUGCCUUGAAGCCCAAGUCCCCAUACCCUGUUCUACACUCAGAAUUCAUGGAGAUAAUUAACAACCAUGGUCUGGAACAGCUGGUUAAAGAACCCACGAGGGGGGAAAACACUCUUGACCUACUCCUCACCAAUUGUCCACAUCGUGUCCAAAAAGUUGAGGUCAUCCCCGGGAUUUCGGACCACAACAUUCCUUAUUGUGAAUUUCAGGUCAACACACUAAAAAUGAAACAAAUCAUUCGAGAAAUCCCAAUUUAUGCCAAGGCAGACUGGGAUGGCCUAAGGAUUGCAACCACAGAGCUAAGCUCAAACAUGAAGGUGAUUCAAGGUACAGCGACAACAGACGAGCUGUGGGUGAAGUUCAAGACUACAAUCACUGAUGCAGUGAAGAAAUUUAUACCACACCAAAUCACCAAACCUAGGAUAAAUCAGCCAUGGGUCACGGCUGAAAUCCGUAGGCUCAUCCACAGGAGAGACCGCCAAUACAAACGCAUGAAGAAAAAUGGCUCGAUGGAACUGAGAGAGGAGGUACUGAGACUCCGCCGAACCAUUCAACGCUUAUUGCGUAGAUCGUAUUGGAACUACAUGAACGGCAUCUUCUCAGAGGAAGACACCCCGACCAAAGAUGUCAAGAACAAGCGCUUCUGGAGCUAUGUGAAACACCAAAAGUCCUCAAACGCUGGAGUUUCCCCCUUGAGGUGGGAUGGCCAAUUGACAUCUGACCCAAAAGCACAGGCGGAGAUACUCAAUCAGCAGUUCCAGUCGGUCUUUGGUGACGGUAGAGAGUACUCUGAGACUGAGUUCCUUCUGAAGACCAAAAUGAUGAACAGAGCCUAUCCUAUCAUGGGAGAUAUCCAGAUAUCAGAACAAGGUGUGUUUGCCCUCCUCAAUACCAUUAACCCUUACAAAGCAUGUGGUCCUGACAACAUUAAACCACGAGUGCUCAAAGAAUUAGCCAAAGAAAUCGCUCCUGCACUGACAAUCCUCUUCCAAUCGUCACUAUGCACAGGAAAUGUUCCAGCAGACUGGAGAACAGCGCAUGUCACUCCAAUUUACAAGAAAGGGGAACAUUCCGACCCUGCCAACUAUCGUCCGAUAUCCCUCACUAGCGUCGUCUGCAAACUGUUGGAGCACAUAAUCGUAAGCACUGUCAUGAAGCAUCUUGAAAGCAAAAAUAUACUCAAUGACUGUCAACAUGGCUUCCGAGUCAAUAGGUCAUGUGAGACCCAGCUUCUCGAAUUUGUAGAAGACUUGAUGACCAAUCUGGAGAACCACAAGCAGACUGACGUGCUAGUAAUGGACUUCGCAAAAGCAUUUGACCGGAUGAAUCAUAGUUUGCUUCUACACAAACUCCAGAUAUAUGGGAUUCAAGGCACCACUAAAACAUGGAUCUCUAGCUUCCUCAGCCACCGACGCCAAGCAGUAGUGGUGGGCGGUACAAGCUCCUCCUUUGUCAAUGUGAAGUCAGGGGUCCCCCAGGGAUCAGUCCUGGGCCCCUGUUUGUUCCUAGCAUACAUUAAUGACCUACCGGAGAAACUGACAUCACAGGCAAGACUGUUUGCAGAUGACACAGCAGUGUAUAGGACGAUCGCCAACAGAUCUGACCAGGACCAGCUACAACAGGAUCUCAAUCUGUUAGCUGAGUGGGAGAUGAGCUGGGACAUGGAAUUUCACCCUGCCAAGUGCCAGACACUAUCAAUCUCUAGAAGUUGUACUCCUCUACACUACCAAUACAAACUGCACGGCCAUAUUCUUGAGCAAGUUUCCUCCGUAAAGUACCUGGGUGUUACCAUUCAAAGAGAGGUCCGCUGGGACGAGCAUAUUAACAAUGUAUGUAACCAAGCAAACCAAGCCUUGGGGUUCUUAAGGCGAAAUCUAAAGAUUGGCAACUCCUGUGUGAAAGAAAGAGCAUAUAAAGCCUUUAUCCGUCCGAUUUUAGAUUAUGCAUCUUCAGUCUGGGACCCAUUUACCCAGAAGAGCAUUGACAGGUUGGAGGCGGUCCAGCGACGAGCAGCACGCUUUGUCCUAAACCGCUACAGGAAUACCUCUAGUGUUGGCAGCAUGCUAGAAACACUAGGCUGGUCACCAUUGGAGAAACGACGACGACAAUCCAGGCUCUCCAUGAUGUACAAGAUAAAUAAUGGGCUGGUCCACUGUUCCAGUAUUAAACAGAAACUCGUCCCUCUCCCCCAUAGACAGCGACGAGGCCAUGACAGGCAAUUCAGGCUCAUACCAGCAAGAAGCCAGUAUAGGAGCUGCUCAUUCCUGCCCAAGACAAUCAGGGACUGGAACCAUCUUUCAAAAGGAACAGUUGAGGCGACAACACUAGACGCAUUUGUGUCUAUUGCCUCAAGCCUUCAAACCCCUAGUGCAUAAUUUCCUCAUCACCACCAGUAACAGAAACAUUGCAAAUCCCAUCUACAUGCAUAGGAGCCAAAAUGAUCAAUAAAUUGAUCGUGGGCCCUUAAGAUAUAGAAGAAGAAGAAGAGGUCUUAUUCUUUGAUCAUAAGUUUGUUUAUAUUAUUUUUUUUAUAAAUUUCAAACGCAUUUAAAAUGCUUAAGUUAGUUCUUUAUUUGUUACUUUAAAUGUAUUUGUAAUUUAUAAUAAUACUUAAUUUUUUAAUUUAAAAAAAGCGGAUAAAUAAUAUUUUCUGCUCAUUUAAAUUGAUUCGAUUUCCGUAAAAUAAUAGAAAAUAACUAUGAUGGUUUGUAGGAAUCCGAACGUAUCCAAAAACUUUCGUAGGUCUGGAGCUACGUUCAGUAUAGCUUAUUGUUAUAUACAUAUAUAUGUAAAGUAAACAAAUAAAUGCAUGCGUCUCAAAGCCAAAAAGUACAUAAAUAAGUUUGCAGUCUCUUUCCGUAUAAACUAUGUAUCUGCACAUAGUUAAGAUUGCUGAGUCUUUCUAUAUCAACUAUUUACCCGUACUUAGUUAAUAUCAAAGAGUCUUUUCAUAUCAACUAUGCAACCAUACUAUGUAAUUCAUUUAUUUUAUUUUAUUCAGGUAUUCGGACUUCUCGGUUUGCUAGGAAUUAUAUCCCUUGUUCAGCCCUUGUACCUCUGCUGGAAAAGUACGACGAUAUCUUUGAGGGAGAAAGGUUUUUAAUACCUUGCACACAAUGUA